AUGAUUGGUCAUGGUUAUAAAAAUUGCCAGACCAAGGUUGAGGAUGUUGCUAGUAAUGUGCUUAAGUUAGGACAAUUUGGGGAUUGGCUUAGGGUUAGCCCUUCCCAAUUAUCUUCUUUUAAAAGCUCGAGCCAAAGUGUAGGUCUUAGCCAUACUGUUCAACCCAACUCUCAAAAAGCCUCUAACCCAGUGUCUGAUAGUAAGGUGGAUGGGGAGUGUAGCAAGAACCCUAUGGAAGGUGUUAAACCUUUAUCUGUUCUUGAGGAGGAUUUAGGUUUAGCUGGGGGACAAGGGGGUGGUCAGGAUAUAAGUGGUAAUAGUAGGGAAGAUAUUACUCCACUGGGUGAUUAUCAAUCUGAGAAUAAUCUGGUGGAGGUUAACGUCCAAAAUGCCUCUGUUGAUAGCAAGAUAGGACAGAGGAGGAAAAAGAUAGUGGUUAAGAAGAAUAAACGUAAUCUAGAGAUCAUCCAGGAAAACAUGGAAGUGGAGAGUUCUAAAGUUAGUGGAGAGGGACAGGAUGUUGGGAGGAGAGGCUGUAAGAGGCCUUUGAUAGAUGAGCAGGACUGUGUUAGAAUAGUCGAGGAAGACAUUACGGCAAAGCUUGAAUCAGUCCAACUCUCGGAGUCUGAGAAUGCUACUAUUGGGAUAAGAUCAGAUGAUAUUAUUCACAGCUCAGAAGAAUGUUCUCGAAGCUUAUUUGGCAAAAUCAUUGGCCAAAAAAAAGCCAAUUUGGUCGGAUUACGCAGGGCUAUUGGGCAAAUGUGGCAAAUAAAAUCCUCAGUCACAGUUAAAGAAAUUAAGCAGAAUUUCUUCCAAUUUGUCUUUGCUGAAACAGAAGAUAAAAUCAAAGUGAGCAAAGGCCUCAACUGGACAUUUGAAAAUCAGCUCCUACUGCUUAAAGAAUGGUCGGAAGGAAUCUCGGCUGAUCAUCCCUGCUUCCACGAAGUUGAGAUGUGGGUCCAAGGGUGGAACAUCCCAAUCCACUGGAUAUCGUAUGAGGUUGGUCUGAAACUGGGUAGCGCUUUUAAGAAAGUCCUGGAUGUGAAUGUGCCUCAAGGAGGUCCUUUAGCUGGGAAGUGUAUAAGGAUGCUUGUUAUUAUUGACACUAAUAAACCCCUUCUCAGAUGCACCAAUCUUCAGCUCGAGCAGAAGAAAAUACAAGUUCUUUUUAAAUAUGAGAGACUUGUUAACUUUUGCUUCUAUUGUGGAUGCUUGGGACAUACUGAUAACAACUGCGAUGAGAGAUCGACAGACAUUGCUGAAGGCAGAAUAUUAGCAGGGAGAUAUGGGAACUGGCUUAAAGCUACAGAGAUAUCUCACUAUGCCUCUUCAUACUACUCUCUCAACAUCAUCUCCGAUACCGAAAAUACCUGUUCAUCCCCGAAACCAGUUCACCAAAAUACAAUUAUACCCCAAACUCUUACCAAACCUCCUCUAGAAAACCUGCAGCCAGAACCCUCUCGUUCCAAAGACCACACUUCUGAUUCCCAAACAAAUUCUUCUACCCCUCAAACUUCUAAAACCAUCCCUCCACAGCAAAUCCAAGUUCAAAAUAAUCCUUCUAACCAAGAUAUGGACACAGAAACCUUAAGCUCUCCAGAGCUUGAAAUAGUUAUAUCUGACCAGAUAGGAAGAGACAAGUGCCAGAUCUCUCAAAUCAAAUUUGUUAUCAAGAGGAACCACAGUUGA